GGGAUGGGAUGAGGUCAGGGGCCAGUCGGCAGGUCGCCCGCGCUACCCAGAGGGCGCGGCGAGGAGCGGUGAAGCUGCCGCGCGCUCUGGAACAACGGUUCGCGGAAAAGAUAAAGAGUCGCUGGGACCUGCGCGUGCACGGGAACCCAAAGUUGGGUACUACAGGGACUCAAAAAGCUGUACACUGCAGGGGGCAGCGGUGUCAGAUACCCCACAGGGAAAGGUCGCGAGGGAAGCUAGCGGGAUGCACAGUUUUUAUCACAGGUGCAAGCCGAGGCAUUGGCAAAGCAAUUGCCUUGAAAGCAGCAAAGGAUGGAGCCAAUAUUGUCAUUGCUGCGAAGACCACCCAGAGGCACCCGAAACUCCUCGGCACAAUCUACACGGCUGCUGAAGAAAUUGAAGCAGCUGGAGGGAUGGCCUUGCCCUGUGUUGUUGACGUGAGAGACGAACAGCAAAUCAACAGUGCAGUGGAGAAAGCUGUGGAGAAAUUUGGAGGAAUUGAUAUUUUGGUGAACAAUGCCAGUGCUAUUAGCUUGACCAACACGUUGGACACUCCGACCAAGAGAGUGGACUUGAUGAUGAAUGUGAACACCAGGGGCACCUACCUGACAUCCAAAGCAUGUAUUCCUUUUUUAAAAAAGAGCAAAGUAGGUCAUAUUCUCAAUCUCAGCCCACCCCUGAACCUAAAUCCACUGUGGUUCAAGCAGCACUGUGCUUAUACCAUUGCCAAAUAUGGCAUGUCUAUGUGUGUGCUUGGGAUGGCUGAAGAAUUUAGAGGUGAAAUUGCAGUCAAUGCCUUAUGGCCUAGAACAGCCAUUCACACCGCUGCUAUGGAUAUGCUGGGAGGAUCUGGUAUUGAAAGCCAAUGUAGAAAAGUUGACAUCAUUGCGGACGCUGCAUAUUCCAUUUUCAAAAGGCCAAAAAGUUUUACUGGCAACUUUAUUAUUGAUGAAAAUAUCUUAAAAGAAGAAGGAAUAAAAAAUUUUGAUGUCUACGCAAUUACACCAGGUCAUCCCUUGUUACCAGAUUUCUUCUUAGAUGAGUACCCAGAUGCAGUUAUGGAGGAGAAAGAACCAAAGGACUCUGUGCCAGAAGUGAAAGAAGAGAAGCUGCAGCUGCAGGAGGAGUCACAGCUGCAGAAGCAGCCACAGCAACGGGAGCAGCCACAGCUGCAGGAGCAGCCACAGCUGCAGGGGCAGCCACAGCAACAGGAGCAGCCACAGCAACGGGAACAGCCACAGCAACGGGAGCAGCCACAGCUGCAGGAGCAGCCACAGCAGCGGCCACGGCCACGGCAACAGCCACAGCCGCUUGUGCAGUCAAUGCUACCACAAAAACCACAUUUUGGAGCUGUGGAAGAAACAUUUAGAAUUGUUAAGGACUCUCUCAGUGAUGAAGUUGUUAGAGCCACACAAGCUAUCUAUCAGUUUGAACUCUCAGGCGAAGAUGGUGGUACAUGGUUUCUUGAUCUGAAGAGCAGAGGUGGGAAGGUUGGACAUGGAGAGCCCUCUGAACGGGCAGACGUGGUGAUGAGUAUGGCCACUGAUGAUUUUGUCAAAAUGUUUUCAGGGAAAUUAAAGCCAACCAUGGCAUUUAUGUCAGGAAAGUUGAAGAUUAAAGGAAACAUAGCCCUAGCAAUCAAAUUGGAGAAGCUAAUGACUCAGAUGAAUUCCAGGCUGUGAAGGACAAGAAGUAGCAAUGUUGACUCCUCCUCAGAAGUAAAAAGCUCAGCAGUUAGAAAUCUGUUGUCUCCCCCACUGUCGUAUAAGGACAUAGAAGUUUGUUCUAGAAAGAAGUAGAAUUUCUGUAUCUAUAAGAUUUAAAAUUGUAACUAAAACAACUAACCAAUCACAUACAAGUUUAAUUAAGUGACAUCCUAAUAUAUUGUGGUUUUUCCCAAUUUUCCCCUCUAUGCCUUUAUUUCAUUCAUUGCUUUCAUGCAGAAAAAUAUGUAUCAUGAACAACCAAUUGGUAUCAAGCAAUAAAAUUAGCUGUUUACAAAACUUCUUAUGUAAAAUGAAGCUACUUUAUCUUCACAAAGACAGUUGCAUGAGAGUUGGGUGAAGGACUGCAGUAUCAUUUCUUUCUGUAACCCUGACUGGCUUGGGACUCAAUCUGUAGACUAGGCUGGCCACGAACUCACAGAGAUCUAUCUGCCUGCCCCUGCCUCCUGAAUGCUUCGACUGAAGGUGUGCUCUACUACCACCUGGCUUUUUUUUUUUAAAGGACUUUUGUUUUGCCUGGCUGUGUUUUAUAAACUUCAGUGCAUAAUACUUGCAGGCAAAAUCUUGUUUAACUUAUUAUAAGCAUUUAUAUUAUUGAUACUAUUCUAGAUAUCUUAAAUUUUUCAGCUUUUCUUUUUUUUCCAAAUGGGUUAACCCAACUGGCCUUAAACUGGGGUCAGUCCUCCUGCCUCAGUUUUCUUAGUGAUAUUAUUAUAGACAUGAGACACAAUGCCUGGCUUUAUUGAAUUUUCAAGUACUAACAUAGAAAUAUAAUUAAUUUUGUAAGUAUGCCUUAUGCCCUACAGUAGUCAGAUCUACUCAUUACCUUUUGCAGCUUCUUAAAAAGAUUCUUUAAAUCAUGUUAUCUUCAAAUAAAGAUGAAUUUAUCUCUUUUUUCCAUUC